UAUGAGGUGCCAGAGCAGCAGUGGUAAACAGUCUGAUCCCCACACUUGCAGUCAGGAGCUGGAUAGAGGCCAGCAGGGUCACAGAUCCCUUUCCACCUCUCUCCUUUUACCAUCUCUGCCCACAAACAGAAGAACCUAAAGAAGCGACACAGAAUAACAUCCAAAGAACAACAUCAAACUUACUCUGCAGAUAUUGGUUUCUGGAUAAACUUUUGACUUCACAAACUUUUGACACCUCAAGCUGGAUUUCCCUUCAUUAUACUUUUUCCUUCACAGUAUUUUGAGAUUUUAAUCAGCUUUAUUUGGGUUGUUGUUUAGUGGUUUUGUACCAUACUGGUUUUGGCUGUCAAUGGCAGUCGGUGUGCUUGAUUCACACACGAAAAGCUCCAUAAGUGGGAGCACAUUUUUGGACUGUGGUUCCUUAGAGGAGCAGGAGCCUCCAGCUCCUCUCCGGAGCUACCUUUGUUUGACCAUGUUGGCGUGCUUCUGUCCGGCAUAUCCCGUCAACAUAGUGGCCCUGGUCUUCUCUGUCAUGUCUAGAAACAGUUAUUAUCGUGGUGACUAUGAUGGUUCCAGGAGGCUGGGCAGGAACGCCUUAUACGUCUCCACUGCUUCAAUCAUCAUCGGUCUUAUCGUCAUUGCCAUCACUUGCAUUGUUCAUUUUGCCACCAUGGAUCAUUAGCACGGAGAGGGAGGAAAAAUAAAUACGGGACAAAGGAAACAAAAAUCUCUGGACAAUCUUACAUGGACUGGCUCUUGUUGUUUGUUCCCCUCUGUUGACAGGAUGUGACUCAUUUUUAUUGCUUUCUACAGCUCAAUUUUGAAAACUUUCUUCUUUUUAUAAGAACAAUCAAUAUAAUUUUGGUUUAUGUCUACACUAGAUAUCACAGAUGCUUUGUGUUAAAAUGUAAAUUUCUAGAAGCAACAUAAAUCCAUGGUUAGUUUCCACAAGGCUAAAACACUGGUGUACUUUAUCCUGUUUAUUUUUAAGCACAAAGUAGAUCGGUGAUAGUGUUCUUAGCUAGAGCUAAUUUCUUGUGGCCAUUCACUGACUUAAAAACAUCAACGUAUAUCUGCCUUAUCCUAAUGGAAUAUUCUCUUGUUUUUCCCAUUCUGAAGAUUAGCUUAGACCCCAGAAAAACAGAAAAUCAUGUAUUACUUAUUAAUAGUUACCAGACAUCUGUGAAGUGUAAUUUUCCAAAGUAAUUAAGCUACAUUUAUUUAAUAAGAAUUGGUGGAGGUGCCAAGAAUUAUGAUGUCCACUAAAUUGGUGUACUCAUAUUAAAUGUUAGAGUUUUCAAAAAUUUGCAGGAACAGAUUAUGCUUCUGCAAUUAUAGUUGAAUUUAUUUGAAGGCUUUUUACCCAGGGUGCCAAUAAUUGUGGAGGUCUUUGUAUGUCUGUUCAUCGUGAUCAUGUUGAGUAUGUCAAUAUUAUAAGGUCAGUAAUGAAUAACGUUCAAGAAUAAUUUCUCUAUAACAAUAUCUUUUAACCUUCAGUAAAAACAAGAACUAGUUUACUUUCAACCGAUUUAAAAACACAGUGCCAUAAGAAAGGUAUUUGCCCCCUUCCAAAUGUAUUUUUUUGCAUUUUUUUUGCAUUUUGAUCAAACUAAUGUUUUAGAUUAUCAAACAUUUUUAUAUCAGAUGAUUGACCUUUGAACUAAAAAGCUGAUUAAAGUCCGAAUAAGUAGUUCAAAAGAUCUUUUGAAGUAACCAAAAUAACUCCUUUCCUUAUUUCGUUCUAGAAUUGUAAAGAAAAACUACAAUGUCACUUUGAUGUUACUUUAAGCAUUGAGAUCAGCUCAUCUUCUGCUCCCCUUCCUGCUCAGAGAGCCAGAUAUUUUUACCUGCAGAGUUCAAACCCUAACAUACCGCCGUAGUUCCUGUCUUUGUUUCAUGUCAUGUCAGUCAUGUUAGGGAGGUCUCGAUCACAUUACUGAUCUGGAUCAUUUAAGAUAACACAAUAUGUUUCACCACUAUAACAUGGUCCUCUUUAGGAUGCUGCAGUCUGUAAGAUACAUUUUUAGCAGCAACAGAUAUUUUGUCCCAAUCAAAGUUUCUGCAGGAAAUAUACUGCUCCAAUACAGUUUAAACUAGCUAAAGAAAGCUACUGUAAUGUUCUGACAUCACCUAAAACAAACAUGGUUUAUCACUUCUCACUAAAGAUACACCAGAGGUGUCAAACUUCUGCAGUCUUCAAAAAAUUCAUGAUUCGCUCCUGCUAAUACUUUCGUGCAAAGCAGUUUGUUGAAGUGCUUGGCUAACAUCAGCAUAUUUACUCUGCAUUUUAAUGCGACUUGUUGAUAAUUCAGCUCGUAACAUGUCAGUGCGGUUCCAGUUAAUUAUGUACAAACCCAACUUGGAAGAAAACUUUGAAAAAGUUGUUCUCCUGGCAAAUGUGGCCCAAAAGAGACACUGUUGCAAAGUUACUUAAUUAAAAAAAUGUAUUUUAUGUUUUUUAGUUUAGUCUGACUUUGUUUAUAAUCUUAUGAUCCACUAGGGGGGCUGAACAGUGAUGGUGGCACAGUUGGUAGCAAUGUUGCCUUGUAGCAAGGGGGUCUGGGUUUAAAUCCUGUCGUGAGAUAUUUCUGCAUGGAGUUUGAAUGUUCUCCCUGUGUAUGAGUGGGUUUUCUCCCGGUACUCCGACUUCCUCCUACAGCCUAAAAACAUGACCAAUUAGGUUAAUUGGUCUCUCCAAAUUGCCCUUUGGUAUGAAAGUGUGGGCGUGCAUGGUUAAUAAUAUACAAUGGAUGGAUGUGACCACUAUGGCAUCUAUAAGACAUAAACAUUUUACCCAUAAAAUUUUUAAAACCUACAUUAACAAUAGAAAUUCACCCAAAAAAGGUGUUUGCCCCCCUCAAAAUCUUCUUAUGUCUUUUAUCACCUUUAUAUGUUUCAGAUUGUUAACAUGGUUUUCUUAUCAGAAAAAGAUAACCUGUUUUAUUUUAGCCUAUAUGAAGGGUUUUUUGAGUUUGUUUAAGGUCAUGCCACAGCAUCUCAAUUGGACAAAAGACUAUUGGCAGCCUUCUCCGUACACUUGUAGAACCUCACAGUUCCUGCUGUCUCCCAAAAGCCCAUAACAUCAUAAAGGACUCUUUUCACCCGGGUCACACUCUGUUUGAACUGCUACUGUCUGGCAGAUGCUAAAGAUUAUUUAAAACAAGGAAAAGCAGAUUGAAAAACAGCAAUAGCUAAACUUCAUAAAGCCAGAAUGUAAAGGGAGAUGCAAUACUGAGAACUGUGCAAUCAGUAUGAAUAUGUAUACAUGUGUUAUUAUAACUAACUGCUUAUAUUGUUCUAUUUUACAUAAAUUAUUUAAUGCUGAAUGCACAGACCAGAUAGCUUGUUUUCAAUGUUGUUGUACCCUGUGACAAUGACAAUAAAGGAUAUUCUCGUCCUGACGUUGACUGGGCCACUCCAGAAAGAGACAAAGAAAACCUUUGUUUUUGGCGUGUCCCGCUGCAUAAACUAAGUGCACUACAGCUUAAGGUCACAAACCGAUAGCCAAACAUUGUCCUUUAGGACAUUCUGCUAGAGAGCAGAAUUCAUAGUUCCAUCAAAUAUGGCAAAUCUUCCAGGUCCUAAAGCAUCUUUUGUGACCUCUUGGAUGAGUUCUUGAUGGAGAUCUUGGAGUAAUUUUGGUCGACUGGCCACUUUUAGGAAGUGACUUUGUUUCUUAUUUGUUCUUGAUUUCUUUUUUUGCUCUACUUCAUGCUCCUUGACAGGUUCAAUCUAUAAUGUUUAUUUCAUUUGAUAAGUCUGACAGUAAUAAAACCUGGGUGUGUCUAAUGAAAUUAAAUAUUUGGUCAAUCACAGUUAAUUUAUUAUUUAAAAUGGGGCAUGAUUACAUGUUCACUUAGGGCCAGUUUGGUUUGGAUGGCUUUCCUUCCUUGGUAAAAAUUGUGAUCUGAAAACUGCUUUUUCUAUUUACUGAGGUGAUGUUUGUCAGAUAUGAUCUGAAAUGUAUGUGUGACAAAUAAGCAACAAAAAAAUAAAUUGGUACAUAGACAAAGACCUUUACAGCUCUGUAAAGAUAUUGAGAGAAAUGGUCAGUCUGAAAUAUUUCUCCUUCCCUCAUGUACCGUGUAUUGCA